CCUUUUUCUUAAACAGAGAAAUGCUCAAGUUUACACGAUCACUUUUGAAUUCGGUACUAGGACGCAAAAGAACAAUAGAAAAUGAUGAUGAUACGUCCAACCAUGAUCAAUCAAGCAAGAAAUUGAAAACUGAUGAAAAUCAAAAGUCUUUAUACAGGGUAACGGUAUCCAAUCUUCCUGUAUAUGAAAUAGGAGGAAUCAAGAAACUUUUGAACGAUGCUGGUCUUAAACGUAUCAAGAAAGCUCCUGAAUGGACUUAUGCUCAUUGUUUUGCUGAUACCAAGGAAGAAGCUGAAGCUGCCGCCAACCAGUUACAAAAUCAACAAUACAAAGGUAAAGCAUUGGAUAUAAAGUGGGAAGCCAUAUCACCUCAAGAACAUAGACAAGCUAAGGUUACUGGCAAGAAGAAAAACAAGCAAAAGGCAAAAAUGUGGGAAGACUUAGGACCUGACCUUGAUCCUCACGAACGAUUGGCCUAUCAAGUUACUCCCUUAUUCAAGUUACCAUAUGAUGAACAGUUGGAGAAAAAGCGCAAAGUGGGUGUCAAUCAUAUCUUUAAUCUGAAAAAACAGUUACUUAAGUUACCUUUAAGUGAAGAAAACAAGAAACAAAUCAGUUGGAUUACUAAAUCUGGUCUUCCUAUGGAACAAGUAGAUAUCAUUGCUUCACCUGAAAUCAAUGGCUACCGUACCAAGUGUGAAUUUACUAUUGGUUCAGAUUUGGAUGGAAGACCUACUGUGGGAUUUUUACUGGGAAGAUAUGCUGAAGGCAUUACUAGUGUAUUGAAUGCUGAAAAACAGAUCCAUAUACCUGAUACCGCAAAAUCAAUAGCUUCAGCUAUGCAGGAUUAUAUUCGUUCAUCCAACUAUCCAAUCUAUAAUCGAACGGAAAAGGAAGGUGUUUGGAGAACUUUGAUGACUAAAACUCAACGUACUGGAGAUGUGAUGAUAUUGGUACAAGCUAGUACAGAAAGUCUCUCAUCUAAUGAAAUACAAGCAAUGAAAGAUGACUUGGUGAAUUAUUGGACGGAACGUGUCAAGAAACAAAACAUCCAUGUGACCACUUUACUCUUUCAAGAAUGGGAUGGUGCUUCAAAUGGGAUUACUGAUCGAGUGCCUGUACAAACAUUAUAUGGUGAUGGAUACAUCUAUGAAGAGUUAUUGGGUUGUCGAUUCCGAUUGUCAAGUAGUGCUUUCUUCCAAGUCAAUACACCAGCUGCCGAACUACUAUAUGCCAAAUGUGCUGAAUGGUGUAAUCUAGAUAAAAAAGACAGCAAGAGGAAGAAGACAACAUUAUUAGAUUUAUGUUGUGGUACUGGAACAAUUGGUAUAACUAUGGCAAAGAACGUAGACAAGGUGAUUGGGGUGGAAAUGGUACCAGAAGCUAUUGUAGAUGCAAAGGAAAAUGCGGAACGAAAUGGUGUCACCAAUGUUACUUAUUAUGCAAACAAGGUAGAAGAAAAAUUGAAUGUAUUUCAACGUCAAGGUGAUGAACAAAUCAUAGCUGUAUUAGAUCCACCAAGAGCUGGUGUUCAUGCUAGUGUGAUCCGAGCUAUCCGUGAUGCCAAACAUAUUGACAAAGUGAUUUAUAUCAGUUGUGAUGCAAAACAAGCAACACCCAAUUUCUUAUCAUUAUGUCGACCUCAAUCAAAUCGUUUUACUGGAUUGCCUUUCAAACCUAAAAGGGCUAUUUCUGUAGAUCUUUUCCCUCAUAGUGAACCUUGUGAAUUGAUGAUUGAAUUUGAACGUGUGACGGAAGAAGAAUAGAUAAUUUUGGAUUUUUAGUUAGCUUAGUGUAGU